AUGUCGCAUGCAGAGUGCAAUGGUACGUUUCGCAACAACGGCAGCGAUGCCCCGGAUGUGCUUGUCACGAUACCACUCCAGGUGUUUUAUCUCCAUUCGGGGGUCUUGAAGAGCGUGUCGAGACGUUUCGCGGCGCAUAUAUGUCUAGGCAGACAGGACGCGCAGCCCAUCGGUGGGGCGAUCGCGAGGCAGUAUCGAUUUUAUUAUGGCGUCGAUUAUGAUGGUGAUGGGAAUCCGAGUUUGCAGAUUACGAGUGGGGAGCAUGACCUGGGCCCGGUACCUCCAAGCCGCGAGAUCCAAGAGAAGCACUGCGCGGCCUUCCGCACACUCUUCGCCUUCUUCUACCGCCAGCACUCCCCACUUACCACCCUUCCCGAAUGCACCGCCGUCGUCGCCCUCGCCGCGAGCCUCGAGGCCCUCGACUCCAUAGCAGACAGCAUCCGCGCCCGCCUCCUCGAGUGGCCACACAUUGAUGCGCAGAUCCGCGAGGCCCCGACAGCAUACCUCGUGCUGGGGUACCGCGUCAAGUCGGUGCGGGUGUUUAGAGAGGCGUUUAUCCACGUUGUGGGGAAGCUGUGCGGCCGGCACGAGGGCCUUAUGCGCUGGUGUAAGGACCGGAGUGUCCCAGAGAGUGUGGUGGCGCUGGUGAAGGCGGAAUGUAGUCGUCUCACGGCGGUGUCUAUGACCGCGGUGAAGAGUCUGCAGUGUAUUGGGAGUGGUGGCGCGGCGGGUGAGAGGGAGAGUGAUCAUUAUAAGGUUGCGGUUGCGGUGCUGAGAGAGCGGUUGGCGUCAUGCUUGGAGCUGCAUGGUGGAGAGGGAAGUGAGGGAGCGCUGUUUAGAAUGAUUGUGAAUUGUAGGUUUGAUAUCUCGGCGUAUGAUGUGGAGAGGUACUCGACUCGGGCGAAUGUAGAUGCGGUGGUGAACAGCUCGGCGAGAAUAGUGGAGAGGAUUAGAGAGAUUGCAAGAAGGCUGGUAAAGAAUAACUUGAGACGGGGGGAAGAGAUGGCGUAUUUGACGUGUGCGGAGUUGGCGGACGAUGAGGUGCCGUGGGUGACAUGUAGUCAGUGA